CAUUUACAGAUGAGAAGCCGUACAUAUUGCGGAGAAAAGGAAAACAGCCCGCAGUUUUGUGGAAGCUAAAAUCGGGAAACUUUGCAGGCGGAAAUCAUUGGCAUAUUUUUACACCCGGCAACUGUCUAGCCUCCGACUGGAAAGGUUGUUGUUUGUUCACGCUGUGUUGUUUUAGCGAAAGUCACGAAGCAGCGUCAAGGCUUCGAAACCUUAAAGAGUGUUGUAAAGAGAUGCGAACGCCGAGCAGUUGCAAUGGAAACGAAUUAAUCUUUGACUUUCCGAGGUAUCCAUUAUUUUAGUAAUGUCAAUCUGAACGUAGACAUUUUUGAAGACGUUUUGGAGUUCCUGUGAGGAGAAAUAACACCAAAACUUGAAAACUGUCAAGCAGGAAAACAAAUUUUUAGGAAAAGUAGAACAUUCCUGUUUUUGAAUAAUAUUUGGAAGGUGCUAAAAAUCAAUAUGGCAACCAAGAAAUUUUUUUGCGAUGGAAUUUCAGGAUUUUGUAAGAAGACAAUUCCAAAAUCGUUCCUCCAGUCCAGCACAGUGCUCAAUGGGCAACGCAAAUCGCAGUUUUCUGAUGUGACUUUGUUCAAGUCAGCGUUCCUACGUUCCACCAAUAGGCAUGGUAACGGCGGAAUGCUGUCGACGAAGAGUGGAAACUUUUAUCCGUACAAUACGUUCGCGACCAAAACGGACAGGAUCGAGCUGGGCAGGGGGCUUUUGGCGUUGGGAAGAAAAAAUCGGCUAACGUGCCUUUCUGAGAAUUCUUUCCCCAUCCGGCUUGACAUUUUUUCCACUUCUGAACGCAGAUACAUCAGCGAAGGUCAAGGUUUCGUGUUCCCCCGGAAGCAAAAGUGGUGGUGCUACUUCGGGGGGGUUGUGCUCGUACUUGGUGUAGGGGCUUGGGCCCUCUUCCAAUACAAGAAAAUAAGCCUCCAGAGCCGAGGCGUCAGUUUGUUUUAUAUUCCACAUCUUCCCUUCCAAGUGAUGUACCCUUUUGGGAGUUACAAAGGCAUCGCCAUCAACACGACAAUGUUAAACAGCUUAGAGCAGGUGGAAAACUUCGAGGUCAGGAAGGACGAUAUCUUUGUGGUCAGCUUUCCAAGGUCAGGUACCACGUGGACACAGGAACUCGUCUACAUGGUAGCCAAUGAUGCUGACGUAGAGAAGGCCAGCUCCAUGAACCUGGAGGCGCGCUUCCCGUACCUGGAAGACCAUGAGAAUAGCCCAGAGAACCUGAAAACCGCCGAGUCUCCGAGAUUCAUCAAAUCUCAUUUGCCCUACAGAUUGUUACCAAAAGAAAUAGAGACGAAGAAGCCCAAGAUAAUUUACGUCAUGCGGAACCCAAAGGACAUGGUCGUGUCGUUUUAUCACCUGUGGCUAAAACUGAGGGCCCGAUAUCGGGGUCAGUUCUCCGAUUUCUGUGAACUUUUUCUUCAAGACAACUUGAUGUUUUCUCCUUGGACGGAACACGUAAAGGAAUUCUGGGAACGACGAGACGAGGAUAACAUACUGUUUUUGAAGUACGAAGAUUUACACAUGAAUUUGUCGCACGAAGUAGAAAGGAUUUCAAAGUUCCUGAACAAGCCUCUUACACCUGAGCAGGUGGUGACAAUUGUGGAUCACUGCUCGUUUGACAGCAUGAAGAAAAACGACAAGGUGAACUACAGAUGGUGGGAUGAACGGGGAAUUACGGCUAACAUCGGUACCUCCUUCAUCAGGAAAGGUCGUGUUGGGGACUGGAAGAACUUUUUCACGCCAGAGCUCGAUCAGCGCAUGUCAGAGAAGGUGGAGCGCCCUUUAGCGAACAUGGGAAUUGAAGUGAAGUAUGAAUGAAACCAGAUGCUUCAACUACCAAGGAAGAUAACAUGGCUACACGUGCAUCAAUCGCAUUCUAGCAGCAUUGUCGAGCAGCUCUGUCAAAAAAGAAGCAGUGCUAGAAAAGACACAUGCUUGGUUCGCUUUGCAAAGAUGGUGCUUCUCGCCAAACUUACUGUUGCCAGGUGAACAUUUAUGAUGCAACUUAUGCUAUUUUGCGCUAAGGGUUUACCAUAUGCUACCUGGGCAAUUUCAAAUGUCAUUUAUUACUGUGAAUUAGGAGCUGGUUAGGAACCCUUUUUCAUAUGGGUUUCAUUAAUAAUAACAAUGUCAUACGGCAGUCUCCUAGUAUUUGUUAAUGAGCAAAUUGACCAGUUUUUAAAUCUGAACCAGUAAACCAGCGGAUCGUGACAUGAUAAGUUCAGGCCCAUAAAUAUAAAAACGCACAAUUCAUUGAUAUUGUCUAUUUUUCAGAAUGUACUAAUUUUGAGGGAUUAUUUACAGCGGAUGUGUUUGUAAGUUUUACAACAUUAUUUAGAUUUCCGGCAUAAGGCCUAUAAAUGCAUACUGUACAUAAAUGCAAUGCCACAAAGCCGAGUGUUCAUUGCCGUCCCUAAGAAUUCUGAUAUACUUGUGAGAAAUAAGUGAAAUAUUCGAGGGUACGCCGUAUAACACCAAUGGAAUAAAUAAAUAACUAUUGAUAUACAAUGCAAGCAAAAAGAAGGCAAAGAGUAAUGAGGGUUUGAAUCUUCCGUGGUCGAUUCACUGAUAUGUAUUACAAUAUUUUGACCCAGUGGUAUAGGAGAUCAUAACUUGAUUCAGUGAUAUACAGUACUAGACUUUAGCUCAGUGGUGUAUAGUGCCACACUUCGCUUCAGUGGUUCACCGUGCGACACUUUCAUUCAGUGAUAUACAAUAUAAGAUAUUGAUUUUUACUUGAGACAUUGAUUCUGUGGUAUUCAAUACCAGGCUUUGAUUCAGUGAAAUGCAUUUUUUUCAGUGGUAUACGAUAUGAGGCUGUUCUUCAGUGUUAUACAAUAACAGACUUUGAUUCUGUGGUAUAAGAUAUGAGGAUCUUAUUCAGUGUUAUAUAAUAACAGAUUGUGAUUCGGUGGAAUACGAUAUGAAUCACGUAUUCAGUGUUAUACAAUAACAGACUGAUUCAGUGUUAUACAAUAACAGACUUAUUCAGUGGUAUAUAUUACAGACUAAUACAAUUGCAUGUAAUUCAAGACCUAGGUUCAAAGAUUUUCAAUACGAGAUUUUGAUUCAGUGGAAUAGAAGUAUGAUAUGCAGGACGAUAUAUUAUGAUUACGAUACGACUUUGAUUCAGUGGUAUAAAAUACGACUGAUUCAGUGGUAUAGGAGACUAGAAUAUGAUAAUCCAAUACUACACUUUGAUUCAGUGAUACUAUACGAGACAUUGCAUCAGUGGUGUACACUAUGAGAAAUUGCAUCAGUGGUACACAAUACCAGAUAUUACACCAGUGGUAUACACAACGAGACAUUGCAUCACUGAUAUGCUAUAUGAGACAGAGCAUCAGUGGUAUGCAAUACGAGACAUUUCCUCAGUGGUAUACAAUAUGAGACAUUGCAUCAGUGGUAUACACAACGAGACAUUGCAUCAUUAAUAUGCUAUAUGAGACAAAGCAUCAGUGGUGUACAAUACAACCCUUUGGUUCAGUGACACACAUUACAUAACGUUGAUCCAGUGGUACGAGACUUCGACAAUAUGUCUUCCACGCUGCAAGACUUAUUUAUGUAUGAAAGGUUACCUCAGGUUAUUCAAAGUUUUUAAGCAGAAGCUUUGUGGAAAAGGUAAAGCAGCACACUUUAAUAUUUCCUUGAAAACACCAACUUAGCAAAUUUGAUAAUUUGGACAAAAAUAAAAAUUCAGUGAUUUCUUAUUGUAUGUAGUUUUAUCAUCAUAUUUUUCUAUGUUAAUAUAUGUAUUUAUUAUAUACGGAAUUAUAAAUGCGCUAAGCACAUGUAUUUUGUUCACAAAUGAUUAUUUUCUUGUUUGAUGUCAAAUAACGUUUGGAUAAAAAGGUGUUGAACGCUAUGCUAACAAGUGAAGACUGCUAAGACAUAUUAGCUUAGCUAAAGGUUUUCCUAUUUUGUUGACGCAAUAUACUUAGUAUUAUUUGGUAAUUUUUGAAAGCGGUUGUCAGCUGUAGUAUUUUCUUUUCUUUUUAUGAAUAUGACAAAAUAUUACAUUAUUGCAAAAUACAUUUCCAGUGUGUAGAAAAACUGCAGUGUAUGUAUUGUUCCAUUGCCAUAUACGUUUUUGAAAACAGGAACAAGGAGUUUAAUUCGAUUGUGUUCAUCAUGCUUUUAAACUAUCCGGACGAUUUAUCCAUCAGUCAUGACGGCUUAAUUCUUGAUCAGCAAAAGAGAUUAACUAUUUCUACUGUGUAGGACACAUCCGGGUAUUUUAGAGGCGAGAACUGCACGUUUUCCUAUGGUAAAGCGAUUUAAUCCCCGGGUCCACGCACACUUCAAAAAACUUGCAUUGAAUUCUAUUCUACGUCAGUCUUUGUGACACCGGGUUCAGGUUUCAAGAAACGUCUUAAAUGUUUUAUUUAAAAAAUAUGGGCCACUUUCACAAAUCUUCGUAAAUCAGCUUUCCAUAACUUUUCUCGUAAAAUGUCGUCGCCUUAUGACACUAUAACCUAAACAACAUCUUUGACGAAAAAAUUACGAGAAAUGUGAGUUACGAAGUUUUGUCAAAGUGAUCCCGUAAAUCUGUACUUAUGAAGUUCUAAUUAAGCUUUGUUGAGAAACACUCUAGGUUGGAUUACUGGCAAAAAAACUACCGGCUUAAGUCAUUUACUGAACUUAGGAAGUUUUUUAUGCGGUAGCACAUGCAUAUGUUGCCAUAAGUAUUCAUCUGCACGUACCUUGUGUCAUCUGUUCUGCACAUGGGAUAUCUGGUUUGUGGGCUCGCGAGUUCGAAUCCAGUUCGUGCUAGUUCUGCUGCGUCUGACGCCAUUGCUCUUCUCAGAUAUGAAUCAACACAAGUUGGCUCUCUAAAGACACUGAUAGAUUUUAACCAACAGUCU